GAACGACACGUGAAUUACAUGAAACGUUUCAAGGGUUUAAAGCCAUAACUAAAACGAAAAAACUAAUAGUUUGUGCACUUCACAACUGACAUUUUACUAUUUUCAUAGCUGACAGAGACAGACGUUGCUUUUUUUCUUGUCAGAGGCAAGGCUCAGGCCACCAUGGCCAAAACUUUGAAGAAAAUGAUCAAGAUGUUACAGGCAUUUCAGAGUUUUCUUGUCCAUGUCAUCCAUGACUAAUCCAAUUCAAGGCUCAUCAAAGUCAGCGGUUCUUGUUGAUGAAGCAACUCAAAAACUCUAAAUUUGCACAGCUACACCGAAUCGACUUUCCAAAGGUCAAAACGACGUUCUCUCGUUCAGAAUAUCAAUUCACCGGAUGGUUGGGUAUGGCGAAACAACGACAUGUUCGACCAGCUACUUGGAACCCAGGAGAAGAUGAGAUUAUUCACAUAGAGAAUAAAGAAAAAGAGCUCGUCUACCCAUCUGGCCUUGGAUCUCCUGAUGGUCCAGACACACAUAAUGCCGAAGAGAAAAGAGAGGGAACGUUUCUGGAGAUCUUCUUCGAGUUCUCUCUAUCGCCGCUGGCUCAACGCAUCAGCAGAGAGCCAACCGGAGAAAUCCGAAACGCUGACCCGCGCGACCAGCAGCCAUCCCAACCUUACCCGGGCGUGUUAUUGGUGGUGGUAGUGGCUCAUCCUUUUGCCGCAUAG